AUGGGUACCGCAGAGCCCAUCGGGAUCUCCCCGCAUUGGGGGACGCCGUGGUGCGGGAACAGGUGCGGCGUGCUGCAUAGGCCGAUCCGCGUGUUCGUGAUGUGGUACGGCGUGUUCUCCGACGCUCAGAAGCAGACGCUCCGCACCUUCGUCGCAUCGCUCAGCCCCAACGCUGACACCGCCGUCACCGUUCCAUUGUGGUGGAACAUCAACCGGCUCUACUACGACGAGGAUGGCAACCACAUAUCGCAAUCCGUGAUGUGGGGCGGCGAGGUGGAGGACAGGGCGUACAGCAAGGGCAAGACGAUGCUCAAAAGAGACAUAGAAGUGCUGCUCGGAUCGGCCAUUAGCAGCCAACAACUGCCCCACGACCCCCGUGCCGUCUACUUCCUCCUCUCGGACGAGUUUGUCAACCAGUGCCCAACAUCCUGCCUCCCCAGGGACAUCCGCAGCGACGCGUCUCUGGCCCCCACGGGCGACGCAGGCAUGGAUGGCCUGGUCUCUGUCUUCGCCCACGAGCUCGCAGAAGCGGCUUCCAGCCCCUUCGUCUCCACAUGGUUUGACGGAGAGGGCAAUGAGAAUGCGGACAAGUGCUCCUGGAAGUUCACCCCCCUUAGCACUGACACCUCUGGUAUCAAGUACAACCUGGUGGGAGUAGACGGCACCAAAUUCCUCAUCCAGCAAAACUGGGACCUGAAUGUUGUAUUUGUCUAG